GGAGGGAAGGGAGGAGGGGUUAAGAGAAGAGGAGCUCUGAGGAGGAGGGGAAAAGGGUUGAAAGAAGAAGGAAAAGGAUCCGGAGGAGCAGACGCCGUUCAGUUUCCCUGUGCUGGGGCCCGGCUGCUUCCCGAGCAGCCCCCAGAGCCCGAGAUGCAUCCCGGCGGCCCAGUGUCGGUGAUGCUGCUCCGGGUGCUCACGCUGCAAUUGAUGGGGCUCCCCCGGCUGCUUUCAGGGAGCCCUCUGGCGGUGACGGAGCCUCCUCCCAAAGUCCUGAAGCUCGACCUGCGCACCGACGUCCAGGUGCAGGAGGUGAGCCAGGCUUUUCUCUCUAUUACCAUCGACGCCAACCUGGCCACAGACCCCAGAUACAUCACAUUCCUCGGUUCCGAAAGACUUCGAACCUUAGCCAGAGGCUUAUCUCCUGCCUACUUGAGAUUUGGUGGCACCAAGACAGACUUCCUGAUCUUUGACCCAAAGAAGGAAUCAACCUAUGAGGAAAAAAGUUACUGGGAAGCUCAAAUCGACCCAGAUACUUGCAACUUGCGUCCUAUCCCUUCUGCCGUAAAGGGACAGUUACAAUUGGAAUGGCCCAUCCAGGAAGUGCUGCUACUCAAAGAACAAUAUCAGAACAAGUACAAGAAUGGCACGUACACAAAAAGCACAGUGGAUAUGCUGUACAGUUUUGCCAAGUGUGCAGGAUUGGAUCUCAUCUUUGGCAUCAAUGCCUUAAUGAGAAAGAGUAAUUUGCAGUGGGACAGCUCAAAUGCCAAAUUAUUCUUGGAUUAUUGUAUUUCCCAGAAGUAUGACAUUUCCUGGGAACUUGGCAAUGAACCCAACAGUUUUAGGAAGAAGUCUGGAAUUUAUAUUAACGGGUCUCAACUGGGAAAAGACUUUAUUAAAUUGCAUUCACUUAUAAAAAUGUAUGAUUUCAAAAAUGCAAAACUAUUUGGACCUGAUAUUGGUCAACUUCGGAAGAACAGUGAGAAGCUGCUAAGGAGCUUUCUGAAUGUUGGGGGAGGAGUAAUUGAUGCAAUUACAUGGCAUCACUACUAUGUGAAUGGACGAAAUGCUAAAGAGGAUUUUUUAAACCCUGAAGUGUUGGAUACAUUUGUUUUCUCAGCACAAAAAGUUUUUCAGGUUGUGAAUGAGACCAGACCUGGCAAGAAGGUUUGGUUGGGAGAAACAAGCUCAGCUUAUGGAGGUGGGGCUCCUAAGCUCUCAGAUACUUAUGCUGCUGGUUUUACGUGGUUGGACAAAUUAGGUCUGUCAGCUAAAAUGGGCAUUGAGGUGGUAAUGAGACAAGUGUUCUUUGGAGCUGGAAAUUAUCACUUAGUAGAUGGAAACUUUGAUCCCUUGCCUGAUUAUUGGCUGUCUCUCAUGUUCAAACAACUGGUUGGCACCAAGGUGUUAACAGCUAAUGUGGAAAGUCCAGACAAAGAGAAACUUCGAUUAUAUCUCCAUUGUACAAACAAUAACCAUCCAAAGUACAAAGAGGGAGAUUUAACUUUGUAUGCUCUAAAUCUGCACAAUGAUACCAAAUAUCUACAAUUACCGCCUCAUUUAAGUGACAAACGUGUGGAAAAAUACAUCUUGCAACCUUCUGGAUACAAAAAUCUACUUUCUCAAUCUGUGAAACUGAAUGGCCACAUUCUCAAGAUGGUGGAUGAUAAAACAUUGCCAGAACUAAUUGGCAAACCCCUCUGCCUAUAUUGUCCAUUGACUUUGCCACCUUUUUCAUAUGGAUUUUUUGUUAUAAUGAAUGCUAAAGUAGCUGCUUGCAUCUAAAUGGUGAAGGCUGAUCAAUUUAAUCCUGUGGAUGAAUUUUAGGAGUAAUGAUGGAAGUAAAGCACAACUUGAAGCAGUAUGAGGUCGGGCAAAUAUAUCAUCACAUAUCAUUGGAUGAAAGCUUCCAAGAGACAAAUCCUGGAUCUGAAUGAAUACAUACCAAAACAUGAUUUUAACUUCAUAGCUACAGAGCUUACAUUUUUAUGUGAAUGUUUUUAUAUUUUCAUAUUUUAAUAAAGUAAUUUAUGGAACCUUAA